AUGGAGUGGUUCUCGAUCUAUUUACUAACUGGGCUGGACCUGGCACCUAUAGUUGAUUCGGCGCUUCAAUAUGGAGAAGUAUCAUAUGUUUGUGACUUUGGUGCUAAAUAUGCCGUUAAAUACAAAGAAGACUAUCAUCGAGAAGCAACUUGGAAGGAGGUUGAAGACGCAUACGAAGGAUAUAAGAAGUUCUUUUAUACAUACCGUAGCGACCACCCCGCAGCAAUCACAGACUGCUAUGACGAAUAUCUAGAAACACUUGAUAAGCAAGCAAAGGAUACACAAAAAGAGAAACACACUACAGUUGCACUCCGCCAGCAAAACCAGGCUUUCGUAGAGGCUUUUAAAAUAUCGUACAAGGAUCCAUUGAACAUAGUCGAACUAUUUCAGGACUACAUUAAUAAGAAACAUGCAUAUUGGUUUGCUAAUCAGACAGAUCACAUACCUUAUGGAACGCUCUUUCAGAGUUCUGGAUACGGGAAAACUCGCCUUGUUGAGCAGAUUGCAAUGAGAAUCCCUACGCUAUAUGUGUGUCUACGCCUUAAAGAAAGUACCAGAUACCCACCUGCUACACCUUACGCACCAGAGAUCUUUGAUAGGCUGGGACAGAUCCCAGAUGGAGAGGAAUGGCGCUUCAUGUAUAUUCUUUGGCAUGCGAUUAAAAACCUACAUGAACAUUCCCUUAAUGAAUCAGCUGAGAACCUCUGGAAACUGCAACUGGAUUACGAGUGGUACAAGAAAUUCUGGACAGAGGUCUUAGCAAGCAGUCAAGACUGGGAGAAGGUUGACCGGAAGGAUGCAAACCUCAACAGGAAUAAAUUUCCAUUCUCAGAUAAUCCCGACAAUAAAGUCAAGAUUCUCUUAUGCAUUGACGAAGCUCGAUCCCUCAUUAGUUCUGUGCAAGACGAUGGUUGCAGUAAAUUCUGA